GCAACCAGAAUGCCUACCUGGUCAACCGCAACGACGCUGGCGGCCUCCAGCUGUCCCGCGACCCCCUUAACCUGGUGAACAAGCACUCUCGCAAGUACGCUGGUUUCGUCAACGACAAGGCGAUCGGCGUUGUCCCCAACGAGAAGGGUGGUGUCAAGGUCAUCAGCAAGAACCAGAAGAACGCCAACAAGCCUGCCCAGGGCACCACUGAGGUCACCUACGGCGGCAACAAGUCGGCGCGCAAGACCUACAAGGCCGUCGCCCUCCAGGCCGCCAACGGUGGCUACCGUGCCGAUCUCCGUGAGGCCGCCGUUCAGCGCGUCUCUGCCAUCCGCCGCGCCCAGAAGCCCGUCAAGCCCGAGGCCGCUGAGAAGAAGCCCCGUGGCGUCAAGGCCAAGAAGGCCGCCGAGAAGACUGAGGCAUAA